UUUUAUCUAUUCUCAUCAAACGGGUGAACUCUUAACGGAGAAAUCGAAAACGUUAUCACUUUUAUUCGGAAAACUAAAUAUUUUUAUAGCGUUCACAAAAUUGCUUCUUGGUUUAAAAAAAAAUGAAAUUACAAUGGAAAGUGAUAACGCUUUUCUCAAGUGACGCAAUUAACUGAUAUAAUCCUUUAGCAGCUGCCGAAUUUUUUUAUUUUUCACUACUUUCAUACUUUAUUCAAUAACAAAACAACAUCGAUAAUCAAGAUUGGGACUAAUCAUGAAGUGGCUCACUGGAAUUGUACUUUGCCUGUUUGUAGGACUUGCAGCGUGUGAUUUUGCAUGCUUCAAUAAUACAAUAGGGAAGUGUCAGAAAAGAUGGUUUCAAGAUCACCACCCAGAAGAAUUUACUCUUUGCACAAUGCAGCCACCUUUGACUUUUUGCUUGUACGAAGGCGCUAUAAUAUGUCAAACAGGAUUCGCAAAUUUAGUUGAGAAAGCAUAUUUUAUUCAAAAUUCGGUAUGUUCAGAAGGAACUUAUGCUAACAAAGUGGUGAAAAACGACCCAGUUUGUAAAAUAGAGACGCUUACAAAUACAACAGGAUGCAAUGAUGAAAUUUCAACGUAUAAGAAAAGGAAAGAAUUGGUUGGUUUGGGAAACAAGCUUUGCUAUAAUCUUGAUAAAACUGUUGAGUGUAUGUUUCGAAAGUUUGAAGUAUGUACCAGAGAUACUCAAGUAGUUUUCCGAAGGGUCUACGAAUCCUUGGCAGCAGCGAUGAAGGAAGUAUGUAAAUUGAUGGACGAGCAACAAUGAAGAUACAUCUCAUGAUCUUCUUAUGUCUUGUAAUAAAAAAAGGACUGAGAAUUCUGGGAAAAGAAUAUCGAAGUUUCUAUUUGAUACCGAAAACAAUUAAACAAGAUAUUGAAAAUAAAUAUAUAUACCAUGUAAUGAAUAUCUUAUUAAACAAUAAAACCAGAUAUUGAAGAAGUU